AACAGCGAAGCAGCUGAGAUGUGCAAUCAAAUGUAUAAGACUAACAUGUUCACCGUGGACUCACACAGCGAAAAAGACAGAGACACUCAUCAGUGGGAGUUUUGAUCAGCUCUGCAGAUGAACAGCUGCCCAGUGUGGGGUUUGAAGAUGUGGGUGUUGAUGGGAGUAAUCUGUCUCUGCCACUGCAUCUUUGGACAGUUGUUUGAGACCAAACUCAAAGGAGCACCACGACUGAUCUGCAGUGUCCCAGGCCCACCGGGCCUGCCUGGCAAACCGGGUCUCAACGGGCCUCCGGGAGCGGAUGGGAAUGUGGGUAUCCCAGGAAGAGAUGGCAGAGAUGGCAGGAAGGGGGAAAAGGGAGAAAAGGGAGACACAGGGCUGAAGGGCAGAGUAGGCCCAACAGGUAGGAUUGGAGAGAGAGGUGAACGUGGCCCUGCAGGGAAACAAGGCCCUACAGGUGAGAAUGGAGAUGUAGGCCUGCCUGGUCCUCCAGGCCGUGACGGAGAUAAGGGGGACAAGGGCAAACAAGGACCCCGUGGAACUGCAGGAAUCUGCAAAUGUGGUAGCUUGUUGCUUAAAUCUGCAUUUUCUGUGGGAAUCACCAGCAGCUACCCUGCUGAGAAGACUCCUAUCAAGUUCAACAAGGUCCUCUUCAACGAGGGCGGACACUACAACCCACAGACAGGGAAGUUCGUCUGCGCGUACCCCGGCAUUUACUAUUUCUCCUAUGACAUCACACUGGCCAACAAACACCUGGCCAUUGGUCUGGUGCAGAAUGGUCAAUAUCGCAUCAAAACUUUUGAUGCUAACACAGGAAACCAUGAUGUGGCAUCUGGGUCCACUGUCAUGUACCUGAACCCAGAAGAUGAAGUUUGGUUGGAGAUCUUCUACCAUGACCAGAAUGGUUUGUUUGCAGACCCUGGUUGGGCUGACAGUCUGUUCUCUGGCUUCCUGGUCUAUGCAGACGCAAACUACUUUGACACACUGGCAGAAGACUACGCAUAGAACCUGUAAAACACAAAACAAACUCACAAACUGCUUGUCACUGAUGUUUUCUUUAGUGUUAAAACAUAUUUACUAUAGCCAAACUAUAUUUAUACAAAUCUUUGUACUGCUACUUAUGUUAUAAGUGUGGAGAAUUGUCUUUUUAUUUGAGAUUACCUUAUUUAAUAAAGUUUAAAGGAGUUUCUGAUUUAAUGGAGUUAAAGUCAGGGGAAUGAUAACAUGAAAAAUAUACCUAACACGUAAUGCGCAUAAAGAGAUUUUAUUAUAAUACGUGCCCAUUAUUUCAUAAUUUUCCACAAAUCUUUUCAGGAAUUGAAGCAAUAAUACAAAGUUUUCUACUUGAAAGUGUUUAACAAUAAAAGAAAGUCACACCUUUA